UUAGAACACUUAUUAAAUGAGUGUCUAGAUACGAAAUUGAAAAUUGAAAAUAACAUUAACUCACUCAGUGAUUUGUACACACAAGUGAUUAUGAAUUUGUUUGUUAUCAAAACCAUUUAAUACGCAGGUUAUUAUGGCUAGCUCAAUAAUUCUGGCAGGUCUUGGUAUGGCAGCGGUCGGUUUCGCCGGACGAUAUGUUCUAAAGCAAAUGCCAAACGCUUCAAUGAAAUUUGCCGAAGCAGUGAAGAAUUUACCUAAAUUCGACUCUGAAACAUUAGCAAAUUCUAAAUAUUACAAAGGUGGAUUUGAACCAAAAAUGACGAAAAGGGAAGCGGCUCUUAUUUUAGGCGUAAGCCCCACAGCCAGUAAAGCUAAGAUUCGAGAUGCUCACCGUAAAAUAAUGCUAUUAAAUCAUCCUGAUAGGGGUGGGUCACCCCUCAUAGCAGCAAAGAUCAAUGAAGCUAAAGAUCUACUUGAAAGUGGAAAAUCAUAGGCACAACAAUAUUUUUUGUAAAUACGAAAGUUUUGCAGACUUAGUUUUGAUUGUGAUCAUUUUGUGUCUAGAUUUAAUAAUGAAUUUAGUAUUAACAAAUG